GUUGUGAAACAGGCCUGACCUCGGUGCCCCGCGCGUUUCCCCAGCCCCCCACAUAUUUUAGUCGUGAGAGCUCGGCCCUGUUUCUUUUUUCGGGCGCUCUGCUAAGUUUUUCGCGUGCCUUAUAGCAAUUACAAAGACCGCUUGACGUGAAGCGGCAUGUAAUUUCCACUUCUCUUGAAAUAUCCCAUGUCUUCAAGCACUGUUGUCCAACCUAUAUUGUAAGGGUCGUUGCACCAUGAGAGGCCAAUGGAAGCGUCAGUGGAUCCGCAAAGCUCGCACCUUGAAAAUGCAAGAACCACCAAAAAGCCUGGAAGAAUUCUUAAAGUUUCAAAACUGGGACUAUUGGCCCAGAGAAAUGAUUUGGCUAGAUAAUGAUAAGUGGGCAUACACUUUGAAAAAUAUAAAAGAGGAUUGUUCAUUUGCAUCAGUUUAUACAAAUCUAUGGAAAAAUGUCCCUCGAAUAUUUGAAGUAGCCACGACCAUGAAUUCAAGAUUAAAGGAAUGUUCACUUCUCCUGCAGACCCAUGCUUCUAAACUAUUUGAGCAGGACAACCUGAUUUCCAAGACAGAAACAGUUGCCAGGGUAAAGACUAAAACAGUUAUGAACUUUGUUACACUGGAGGAAGGUAGCAAACCUCACAGAAAUAACAUGACAUCAACUGACAUGAAAAACAAGCAAGUCAAUAAGGUCAGGAUAGGAAAAAGGAAUCUCCAAAACCAAAAGCUUUCAAAUGAGAUGGAGACAGAGAAGAAUAUAGAGGGCUAUGACUUCUCAGGAUUCAAAACAAGUGAACUUACUGAGCUACCCAGACAUUUGGAUGCUAAACGGAUUUAUCUUUUUAUUUUAAAAGCUCACAACUUUGAUCAAAUAGUUUUUAGAAUUUGGAGAACACAUUUCCUCUCAGAAGCCUCCAUUGCUCUUCUGCAUGACUGCUUUUGGUGGUGGUUUCUCUAUAAAUUUAAGCCUGACAGAAAGGAUCAAGAUCGCCUAUUUGAUAGAAUUGCAGAAAGCUAUGUGACCCUUUUCAUGAGCAUACCCAAUAGCAGAAAAGAUGCGUUCUUUCAGGUGUAUCCUGAUUGUUUGACACAAGCUAUCUAUGCAACAUUCCUGGAAGCAUUUCCAGAAUCUGAUCACCUGUUUAAUGACCAAUUUAAAGAAGAUCUUGGAAAUAAUAUUUUCCUUUGGUUGUCAGGACUAAAACCUCAGAAAGGCUUUUGGGCCAACUGGAAACUGGAAAACCUCUCUUCGACCACCAUACAUGGUAGCAGGAAGGCAGCUGCAAAAUCAGAGCAGGAGAAAAUCGAAAGCAGUCAGGAGCGCAUAUCAACCAGUAUUGACUUCAGUAUGACAAAAAUUUUAAAGAAUCCAAGAGCAUAUGUGAUGUCCACAUUCAAGGAAGACUCAUGUGUGAUGGAGCCAACAGCCAAGUCCCACUAUAGCAGCGCUGGCCCGGAGUUUUACCGCAUUCUCUUCAAUUUUGGCGGUCAGAGUCCAAUGAUUUUAUACUAUCUGAAGAUGCAUGAACUAGAGGGCACUUCCAGGAGCCCCAAGAAAGAGAAGAUCAAGCUCACUGAAAUACUCCAAGAACCAGCACCUGCUCCCACCUACUGCAAAAUUAUAAAGGAUGCAAAGAGACAAUUUGCGGUCAACCAAAGGGACUACAGAAUAGAAAUGCAAAGGAUUAAUGAAGAAAUGAAACUCUUAAGACAGCAACAGGAACGAAUUAAUAAGGAGGUUAAAAGACUCCAAACAAAGGCUAUCAAGAAACCUGCUGAAGCUCAGAAUGACUUUGAGAAGUUCCUGCAUAGACUGCACAGAGAGGCACAGAUGCACAGGGAACUGGCGGUGGCGGUGGUGGCGGAGGCGGCGGCGGCAGCCACAGAGGACCGCAAGCCGGAGGAGGAAGAGCACGAAGGGAAACGAGCAGUGAGCCCCCUUCAAGAACAGCACGCAUGACUUAGCUGUAGCCUUUUAAUUGCAGCAGUGUGUUUAAUUCAAGUCCAGUCUGUGUAUUAGUGUGCUUUACCAUUCAUCUUAAAAUCCCAGACUAAUAAGUCUUAGUAAAUCAUCUGUCCAAGCUUAACUUUGGCUCAUAUUGGUAAAAAAUAAAAGAAAAAA